AUGGCUGAAUUUGUUGCUCAGAGUCCUGUGAAGCUGAUGGCCCUGCAGCUGCUGCUGUGGCACAGUGCACUCUGGAUGGGGCAAGAGGCCGUGCCCCUGGGUCCAGCCAACUCCCUGCCCCUACCCCGGAGCUUCCUGCUCAAGUCCUCAGAGCAAGUGAGGAAGAUUCAGGCCCAGGGCGCCAUGUUGCAGGAGAAGCUGUGUGCCACCUACAAGCUGUGCCACCCCGAGGAACUGGCACUGCUUGGCCACUCUCUGGGCAUUCCUCGGGCUCCCCUGAGCAGCUGCUCCAGCCAGGCCCUGCAGCUGACGGGCUGCCUGAGCCAACUCCACAGAGGACUCUUCCUUUACCAGGGCCUCCUACAGGCUCUGGCAGGGACUUCCCCUGAGUUGUCCCCCACCUUGGACAUGCUACAGCUGGAUGUUGCCAACUUUGCCACCACUGUCUGGCAGCAGAUGGAAGACCUUGAGGUGGCCCCUGCUGUGCAGCCCACCCAGAGCACCAUGCCAACUUUCACCUCAGACUUCCAGCGCCGGGCAGGGGGUGUCCUGGUCACCUCCCACCUACAGAGCUUCCUGGGGCUGGCAUAUCGUGUUCUGCGCUACCUAGCUGAGCCCUGA